UCAGUGGCUCGUAGCAGAAGUUGGCCCUAUAAAAAGCAGCGGCCGCUCUCGCAGAGCAGCUCAGACUCCCUCCGCUGCAGGUGCGCCAAUUCCAGACAGUGCUGCGCGUAAUGGAGCGCACUUUCCGAGAGCAGCUCUUCUUCCUGCUGUUGAGUCUGUCCGUCCUCAAGGGAGACGCCAGAUACAUCGAGCCCAACGACAUCUCCAAAGAUGAACUGUAUUCAUUUUUCAACUCGGAACUCAAGAGAGAAAUACCCGAGGAGUUAAUUUACCGCCGACCUCUGCGUUGCCUGGACAUGGUGGCGGUGGAGGGUCAGUUCACCUUCACGGCGGAGCGUCCUCAGCUCAGCUGCGCUGCUUUCCUCGUGGCCGAGCCCAGCGAGGUGAUCAGCGUGGAGUACGACCGUGUGGACGUCGACUGCGGGGCGGGGGACUUUGUCACGGUGUUUGACGGCUGGGUGAUGAAGGGGGACAAGUUCCCCAGCUCGCAGGAUCACCCUCUGGCCCUGCACGAGCGCUACGUGGAUUACUGCGACUCGGGAUCGCCGAGGAGAAGCGUGCGCUCCUCUCAGAACGUGGCCAUGGUCUUCUUCCGCAUCCACAGCGCCGGCAGCAGCUUCACCCUGACCGUCAGGAGACACGUCAACCCCUUCCCCUGUAAUGUCAUCUCGCAGUCACCAGAGGGCAGUUUCACAAUGGUGAUCCCGCAGCAGCACCGAAACUGCAGCUUCUCCAUCAUCUAUCCGGUGGAGAUCGACAUCUCAGAGUUCAGCCUGGGACACACCAUCAACUUCCCCAAGAGAUCCACGCCAAGAUGUGCAGAGGCUGGAGAUUCUGUGCAGUUGCUGGGAGGAAGUGGCAUCGACACGUCAAAGCUGCUGCCCAUCACUGACUUCUGCAUUUCCUUCACUGGUCCCACUCACAUGAAGGUUGGCUGCGAUAACACCGUGGUGAGGAUGGUGUCCAGCGGGGCCUUCGUCAACCGCGUGUCGUUCAGCUACCGGCUACUGGACAGCCAGGAGCUCCAGACGAUCAAACUCAACAAUGUGGAAGAUUUCUGUUUCAACAACUGAUCCCAGCAGGAUUGUAAAGUGACAAGUGUAUCAAUCGUUUGACUGCAAACUGUUUUUUGUUUUUUUUUACAAUUUUAUUUAAAGCAACAGCUCCAGCUGGUCAUGUCUUCAAUCCAAAGACACAGACAUAAAUGUGUAUGGAAAAUAUGAUGAACACAGUCAUAAUGAUGUUAUGAUAUUCAAAUUGCAAAGAUUCACUGGACUCUUCUUUCAUUCUUUUUCAUUUUCUUUUGUUUAUUGUUGCUAAAUAAAUCUUAAUGUGUCCUUUUGUGUUUGGUGGAACUGCAGUUAUUUACAUAUUUAGCCUUAUGUUCAAUAUCUGUCAUCAUGAAGAUAUUAUUGUUGUUAUGCUAUUCAUGGGCUCAUGGUCAACAUUCUUGAAAAAGAAUGGUGCUAAAAUGAAUGUUGCCUUCUGAUUAUUUUUGACGGAUGAUGCACGAUGGGUACAAGUAUUCAUUGUCAUUUUGCAGUUCGAUUUGUAUAAAGCCCUUUUUGUAAUAAAAUUGUACUGCAUGGCAAAGCA